AUGGAACAAGGUCUGUCUAGCGGCGUGGGAGAGGACGAUAUCCGUUUCAAAGAACUGAGUACAUAUGAGCCGACAGAGUAUGAUAUCGUCGUUACCGUCGUCACCCAGAAGGACGCAAUCGACGUGAAUAUAACUUACUGGUCCUCCGUCCUAACCGAGAAAGAGGUCACUGCUCUGCUGGAGACGUUACGAGCAUCCGUCAAUGAUAUUCUUGCGACGCGAGUGCCUCGUGAUCAUUACUAUUCGAUCGGCGAUAGUUUAUCCGCGUCGAUGAAGCAGAACCACACGGAGGUCACAGCAGCGUCAUGA